GUCUGAUAUCUAAAUAUCUGUUAGCAGCUGGAUAUGGCGGCGCUGCUACGAGGACUACGAGUUGGAAGGGCCCUGCGGGGUUUUGGCAGCGUGGUAGUUCCAAAAACAUCCAGUCCCCAAUGCAAUGGCCUGAGACGAGGCUUCCACUGUGCUGCACUUCGUCUUCAGGAGGACAAGGACAAGUCCAUCCCUGUCCCCCCAUCCUCUGCUGCAUCUUCAACUACAACCUACCACGAGCAUUACCGAGCCCCCCCAUCUAAAAACAUUACCGCCACAUAUAUGCAUGAAGCGCCUGCACCCGAGGCUGCUGCAUCUGAAGCUGCUGCAAAGGAGGCUCCCCAGCCCAACACUAGUUAUGCAGACCAGAGUGGAGAACAAGGAGAAGAGUAUGAAACAGAGGAGCAACUGCAAGCACACAUCCUUAACGCUGCACUGGACUUUGUCCAACUACAUGGUUGGACCCUUGAGGCCAUUUCAGCAGGGGCUGAGACACUGGGCCUCUCAGCAGCCUCCAGUGGAAUGUUCCAGAAUGGAGCAGGGGACCUGGUUUUGCACUUCAUUGCUCAGUGCAAUGCCCAGCUAACAGAGCAAAUGGCAGAGCAGCACAACCAGGUCCAACUUGGUCAGGCUGAACCAAAGAAAAAUGCUGAGUUUCUUAGAGAUGCUGUGGAGACUAGAUUGAGGAUGUUGAUGCCAUACAUCGAUAAUUGGCCACAGGCUAUGAGUAUCCUGCUCCUCCCACACAACAUCCCAGACAGUCUGAAGCACCUCUCCACCCUGGUGGAUGAUAUCUGGUACUAUGCUGGAGACCGUUCCACAGAUUUGAACUGGUAUACGAAACGGGCCGCACUGACAGGGAUCUAUAACACCACUGAGCUGGUGAUGAUACAGGACUCCUCAGAAGACUUCCAGGACACCUGGAACUUCCUUGAAAACCGAAUCCAGGAUAUUGUCAACAUGGCUGGCGCGGCCAAACAGGUGGCAUCUACAGGAGAAGCAGUGGCGCAGGGGCUUAUGGGAGCUGCUGUUACGCUGAAGAAUCUAACAGGGAUUAACCAAAGACGAUGAAAAAAGAUGUCUAUUUCUGUUCCACCAUCCCCUUCCCUUCCCCUCUGAUCUCUGCCAGUCAGUGGUUUGUGUGUGAGGCAUUGAAGAUCAGCUUCUGUGCUCACAGCUCAGACAUUUCUUCUCUUAUCUGUAAUGCCCUAUCGUGUUGGUUUGUUUUAUUGCUUAGUCGCCUUUAUCCACUAUACAAAUAUAAUUGUGCCUUAGGUCUGGUAUGAGGUUUCACUUUCAUCCAGUUUGAAACGGUUUUCCCUCACAUCUACUUCCUAUCCAUUUUCCUUUUGUAUAAAGGAUGCAAAAAUAUGAUUGUAUUUUAAAUGUUUUUGUUAGGCUCCAUUGAGAGUUCCUAAAUAAAUUACAGAUCAGUUACAACAAAA